AUGGUUACAAUCAGGGGCGUGGCCGGCCCGAAGGUGGCGUCGCUGUCCGGGAGCCGCCGGGUCCGCCGGCUGCCCUCGCUGGGCCGCGUCGCGGUGGUGGUGGACCAGGGCUCGGGCUUCACCAAGGCGGGCUUCGCGGGCGAGGAGCAGCCGCGCCUGGUACUGAAGAGCUCCAGCCUGGUGCCCAGCUGGGACUGGCCCGUGCUGCCCGGCUGUGAGCUGGCGGGCGGCGUGGCGCGGGCGCACCCCAUCAAGCACGGCGUGGUGGUGGACUGGGAGGCUCUGGAGGGGCUGUGGGAGCGCCUGCUGGUGGGCGGCCUGCGGGUGUGCCCAGAGCAGUGGCCGGUGCUGGUAAGCGACUCGCCGUCGGCUCCGCCCGCGGGCCGCGAGAGGGUGGCCGAGCUGCUGUUCGAGGCCCUGGCAGUGCCCGCGUGCCACAUAGCCAGCACCGCGUUGCUGGCGCUCUGCUCUGUCGGCGCGUUCAGCGGGCUGGCCUUGGAGGCGGGCGCUGGCGUGUGCCACGCCACACCCAUCUAUGCGGGUCACUCGUGGCACGAGGCCACCUUCCGGCUGGACGUGGCAGGCAGUACUCUGUCGCGUUACCUGCGGGACCUGCUGGUGGCAGCCUGCCCCGAUCAACGACUGCAUGCCCUGCCCCGCAAGGUCAUCACACAGCUCAAGAAGCGCUGCUGCUAUGUGUCGCUGGACUUCGAGGGUGACCUCCGUAACCCUGCCCGCCACCGUCCUGUCAGUUUCUACUUAGGCAAUGGGUGCUCUGUCUGCCUCAGCAGUGAGCGCUUCCGCUGCCCGGAACCUAUCUUCCAGCCGGGUCUGCUAGGCCAGGCUGAGCCGGGACUGCCCACCCUGGCCUUCCGGGCACUGCAGAGGAUGCCCACAACACUACGGACACGGCUGGCCAACACCGUGGUGGUGGCCGGUGGCUCCACGCUUUUCCCUGGCUUCACUGAGCGCCUGGAGAUGGAGCUGGAAGCCCAGUGCCGGCGGCAUGGUUAUGGGGCACUGCAGCCUCGCCUGGUGGCCAAACCCGGGCGUGGCACAGCAGUGUGGACAGGCGGCUCCAUGGUGGCCUCAUUGCGUUCCUUCCAAUGCCACUGGAUGACCCGGGCCAUGUACCAGGAAUGUGGCUCCAGGCUGGUGCAUGAAGUGUUCAACUGA